AUGAAUUCAUCAACUCAUCUACCGUUUGUCUCGAAACCUCAUAGGGGUUUCAAAACUGUUGGUCCGUUCGUAGUGAUGAUAUACAGAAUGGUAAUGGGAGAUCUAAUUCGAUUUGCGACAAUAUAUUUGGUUUUUGUUAUGGGAUUCUCUCAAGCUUACUACAUAAUUUUUCUUUCCUUUGAUAAUCCGUUGACACCAGAAGAUGUUGAUGAUUCCGCCACAAAUCCAAUAUCCACGCCUAUGGAGUCAAUUAUGGCUAUGUUUUUAAUGUCUUUAACCAAUUUUGGAGACUAUUAUGAUGCCUUUGCAAGGACAGAGCAUGAGUAUGAAGCGAAGUGGGCUAGAAUUGUACUUGUGGUUGAAAGAGGAGUAAGCCCUCCUGAGAGGCAUCGGCAGCUAAUGGUUUACUCACAACCAAUGUCGGAUGGAAAACGGGCUUUGGUUCUGCGAUUGAAUCAGUCGGAUGAAGAUAAGGAAGAAAUGAAGGAAAUUCUAGAAAUAAAACGUAGACAUGAAAGAUAUGUUAAGAAAAGAAAAGAAGCAACUCUGAUACCAGCAAAUAAUAUAGUUCACAAGUAA